GGGGGAGCUGUGGAAGGUUUCUGAAAUUUUGGGGAGAUGCCAAACUUUUUUAAAAGAUGUAGAUAUGAAAUGAUGUUCUCUCUCUCUCUCCUAGCCUUGGAGACAGGAGUUUUCAACGUCAAUAAAUGCGCGUCACCCAAGUGGCUCAGAGUCUGGGAUCCGCCCGACGCGUCACAGGCCGUUUCGGAGGAGGCGGGGAACACGUAGACCCCUCUCUCCCAGACAAAGCAGCGGGGCCACGGCACAGUGGGGUUCAGAUCGCUGCUUCGCACCCAGCUGGGGGUGGGAGGGAGGGGGGGGGGGGGGAAGUCACACACAGAGGUAUAUCUGCUUUAUUUAGCAGUUCCUGGGGGAGGGAGGUAGGUAGGUAGGUGGGUGGGUGUGGAGGGAGAUCCCAAUUCUCUCUCUCUCUCUCUCUCUCUGUCUCUCACACAUACAUAACACAGAGACUGGCUUUCCCCCCUCCCUGGCUAUGUCUGUCUUCGCCUGUCGCGACUAUUUCGCCGCCGAGUGCCUCAUGUCCAUCUCCAGUGGGGCGGUGGUGCACCGCUCGCCGGUCAAAGACGAGGAAAGUUCCCGGGAGGACAAAGAAGUCAGCGACACGCUGAAGGAAGGAGGUGGAGGAGGAGGUGGUGCUGGUGGAGGUAACCUGCUGCUGGUAGCCAGUAUUCUGACCGACCUGCAGAAAUCCCGGCCCAUGUCGUCCAACUCGGAGAGCAGCAACUCCUCAUCGUCGUCGGGGGAGAGCCUGGAGAGCGGCUACACCACCCUGUCCGAGGGUCCCGGCACCCCGACCCUAGGCACCGCAAACUCUACGCCGGAGAAGCGGAAAAGCAGGCGCUCGGACAAGUGUGCGGUGAAGAAGCAUCAGUGCUACUUCACCGGCUGCGGCAAAGUGUACGGCAAAUCGUCCCAUCUGAAAGCGCACAUGAGAACUCACACAGGGGAGCGACCAUUUCCUUGCACCUGGCCACAGUGUUUGAAGAAGUUUGCCCGCUCAGAUGAGCUGGCUCGACAUUAUCGUACCCACACUGGUGAGAAGAAAUUCAAGUGCCCAAUGUGCGAGAAGAGGUUUAUGCGCAGUGACCACUUGAUGAAGCACGCUCGGCGACACCCUGACUUCAAGCCCAGCAUGAUCAUCAAACCCCACAGCAGAAGUGCAUCACCCCCCAAAAUGCUGGCACCCACCUUCCACAGCCUGGCAUCCUCUUGCAUCGUCAGUUCUCCUAAUCCUGCUGGCCCUGUGCUCAAUUAAACUGGAGGGGGUUUUAAAAAAACAUUUUGUACCAAAAGUCUUGUUUAAACUGAGAGUUUAUAUUCCACCCUCUAAACAUGUGUGGACUGUGCUUGUACAUCUUUGCUUUCAAACCAUUCAACCAUUGCAGAUUAAUGUUAUGGAAGUCUUUUGUCACUUGUGUUGUUUUUGGACACACACUGACUGUAGCCAGCAACUGAAGUUCAGCCACUAUCUGGAUUGGUAUCAGCGUGAAAUAGUGAGAGUUGUGAACUGUCUUAAGGUCCCAGUUAUUAUCUGAUCUAGUUGACCUGAUGCCUGUUUUUAUUUUUGAACUUUUAACUUAUUACAAUAGCUCCAUACAGGCUUUGGAGUAUACUGAAGGGAAACCAUUGUUUAGUCAUCCAGACAAAAAAUUAUCUAUUUUAGUAGCUUCUCACUUUUAAAUAAAAAAAAGUCCUACGGACUGAACCACAGCUUCACAAAUAAAUGAAACAGCCACACAAUGCUCCACUGUGUGCUCAAUGGUGACAUGAAGCUUGCUAAUAUUUUUUGAAUAAGAAACACAGAAGAUACUUCAGAGCAAUUUAUCUGAAGCAAGGAGAGUAAAUAUGAAAUUGCAGUUUCACAGAUUUAAUACCAUGAUCAAAAAAAUUUAAAAACUGUAAGAAACCAAUUUUGCCCUGUUUCUCCAAUUCACAGUUGGCUAUGUGAUUUUAUGGCUCAGUUUAACUCAGUUGUACACAUCCCUUCCCUAGAGAGUUCUCAUUGGGGUUUAACUCAGGGACUGAAUUACUGUAAAUUGCAGUAUUCCUACAUUGAUAAUGAUUUGUAGUUACUUAAUUGAUCUGUCUCAGGGCUACAAAGGAUCUUGCCAUGUCACAGAAGCAGACACAGCACUGCAAUUAUGACCACUGUUUUACAUCUUUCAGAAUCUUCAAUUUCUUUGUGGUGGUUUGUGGGAGGAAGGUUGCUAUUUUGUUCAGUGGACAUGCUGAAAUGUGUCUGCACUUCUGUCUGCUGGUAACGGGUGGCAGUCCUACUGCUGGUGUAAGACCCUUGCAUGAUGUGUGCUAGUUGGGUGCAACAAGUAUGUUAUUGAAAUUACUACCUUCUGGUUUACACCUCUGUUUAACUUCUGUUUCUAUGAGAGUUAUGAUUGCAUAGGCUGUACUACUCAAACGUAAACGUUGGUUCUAGCUUUAUAGUGGCAGGGUCAAUCUGACUUUACAUGAGAUCAAUCUUUUGCAAAUGAAAUAUGCACCAGGUCUUAAAUGAGCAUGGAGAAAAUCAAGCUUAUAGCAUGGUAUCUAUGCUGGCAAAGGUCUCCCUCUGGCCUAACAUUACCCUGACCUGGAUUACUAGCAAAAGUGUACCCAGCAGUACUUUGUAUUGCAGCUCACUGGAGGACAGUUCCCAACUUGGGACCACUUUUUUAUGGGAAACUCUCUCAUGGUGAAGUUGAUAAAAGGAACAUUUUGUUACACUGUCCAUUAGGAUUCUAGAACAGAUAUUACAAACUGUGUUUGCAUUGGAGCUGCAGACAAUUCAGGACACUUAAUGCGUUAUUUUCAGAACUCCAUUGGUCAGUGGUGUCGGUUGUACAAUGUGUCUUACACAUGAAGAAAGGUGCAUAGCCAAAGGUUUCAGUCAGAGGUUUAUUGAAAGGUGAUGGCAUUACCUGCUCAAGUCAUCUGUGUGCAAAAAUGAUAUAGCUGUGGGGUUGUGUGUACUGACUUUGUCUAAGUGCUCCUAUAUAUGGUAUUUUUGUAACGUUUCUACUCAGGGGGCUGUGUUGCUGAUGCAUGCAUUUCACCAUACCAGUGUGGAGCUUGCGUGUAUCUAGGUUUAUACCUAUUCAGUGUGUGAAAUUGGAACGAUGUUGUUCCUAGUAACUUGCUUAUGGUAGGCUGUUGAUCAGUUACCAGAAGGGAAGAUAUUCAUAUUCUUUAUCUUUGAAGUGUUCUACUCAACUAAAAUUGCUAGCUGUGUGUUUGGGGGGUAAAAAUGAUAAAUAUAACUUUAAAAAAUAAUGUAAAUACUUGUGAAAGGCAUGUUUUUAAAGUAGUGAUUUAAAUUUACACUAAUGACUAUUUUACUAUAAAUAGCUUGUGCACUAAUGCACACCUCAAGUUGUGUUUCAGGAAUUGAAGUGUAUACUGUAAUUCAUUAAAAAGUCCCUAUUUCAGUUAUCCGGGGGGAAAUGACGAACAGUGUUUUGAUUUGAAACUCCAUUGGCAGCUGUAUUCUCCCUUCUGAUGUACUUUUUUGUUGUAUUCUCAAGACUAGACAAACUUGUGACUUCCCAUGAGUUAUCUGUUUAGCUUCAGCUUUUAAAAAAAAUUACUCGUACAGGGUGCUGAUGGUGGACGUGAUCCUGUUGUUUUUACUUUUUUUUGUCUUGAUAUAAUUGGUGGGUGUCUGCAAUACAAGGUAUUAUAGAUUUAAUAUUAUCAUGAAUUUAGAAUUCUUUCAUGUAUCAAAAGAGGGAAGGAAGAAAAUAAAAGUAUCAUUAAUAUAUUGAAUGACUUUUUUUUAAUCGGUUGAAAUUCCCCUCAAUGGUGGAGUGAUAUGCUAACAAAAACACCAUAUUUGUUUUAAAACACUCCAAUAUUUGUGAAUACAGUUUUAAUAAAAUCAAAUCAAAUCCACUUUGAAAGAUAAAUUUCACUCCCUUGUCUCUUGCUCUUUUAAUAUUGUCACAGUGAUACCAAGGUUAGUAUUUAGUCUUUGCUGCAUCUGGAUACUUUGGGCACAAAGAGAGGUGCUAAAUUGCUAUUAUGUCUGUGGUAUUGUUCAGUAUAUCUAAAUAAGGUCAUAAUUGUUGCAGAGCAAUUUUAAGGUGACCGGUGUCAAAGGUUAUGGAAUCUGAUUCACAAGAACAUGCAGACAGAAUGCAAAAGACCAUUCAGCCACUAAUGUUCAUCUGUCUAGUGUUGCUAGUUUCAUGUCACCCAUUUCUAAAAUUUACAAAAUUAACUUUUUUAAUAAAACUCCGAUGCAACAUUAAUUGUUUGUUGAUUUCAUUCACAAGUAAUUUUGUUGCCAUUUAUUUUUAGCAAAAAUCAUAGGGAAUUUUAUGGUUCCAUUAGCAUUAUUGAAAGCAGCCCCAAGGUAUUCGAGUUGCAUUUUCAGUGUCUUGAAACACUUCAUAUCAGGGUGCCUUAUGACUUGGGCAUUGCUUAAGCAAGAGAAGUUCUAAUGUUCCCAGUGAUUAGCAGAUCUGUGAUGCUGGCGGUAAUCUGGGUUACUUUUCAGUUUGAGAUUUUUUUUUUUUCCCCUUGUACCAAUUUACUAAUAGUUUAGAAUGUUCGAAUCAUACUGCUGCAUUUGGGAUAAAACUUUUUGUCAGGGUAGAUCUUAUCCAGUGCUUUGACUGUGAUGCCCAUUAGGUUGAGUGCUUUUGACUGAAGUGACAGGUACAUAACACAGCUUGGUCAGCAGUUUCUUAGUGAUUCUGGAGAUGGUUUUAACUUGGAUUUUACCAUCACCUCAUCACUCCAGGGUACUGCUCAGAGCUGAGAAACCAUCUAGAGCAGAACAUUUUUUUUUGUGAUCUGUGACUGAAAAGUAACCAAGAAGUUUUAUUUCAUUUGUAGUGUACUUUUAAUUUGUAGAUGUUGCUAAUGAGGUGUGAGGAAUGCCAUACUUUGAUGUUAGUAUUUAAAAAUAAAUAUCAGGAUUAUAACAUUCCAGUUUAUAAUUCAUAAUCUUCAUCUAUGGCUGCGGGCAGCUGAACAACAUUUAAUUGCAAUAAAAUAAAUAUUCAAUACAAUGAGGCCAGAGACAGAGCAUGGCAUAGGUGAACGUCUGACAUUAGAAUUUAAGAUUAAGCAGAUAUUAUUUCUUAUGGGCCAAUUUUUAUUUGUCUUAAGUUCUGCAAGUUGUCGCUUUCACAAGUGGUGGUAAAUAACAACUUCUCAAACAGCUGUAGUGAUGUGUGAAAUAGUAAUUUUAAACCGAAGGUCAAUUUUUUGGCUUGAAUGUUUCACUGUCUCCUCCCAUUUUCCAGCAGUCUAUGAUGUUGCUCAUGAGUAAUUGGUGGGCAGGAGCGUGUUGUUAGGCAAUGCUCCUGCAUGAUUGAAGCCCAUGGAAACAAUAUUGGCUCUUGGAAGGAAUCUUCAUGUUAGACCCAUUUAUUAUAAGGGAUGCUCCUUCUGGUUUCCAGACCAUAUUGCACAUUUUUUUUUAAAACCGACUAUUAUAUUCAAUGUGUUGUUUAUAUUGUUUUGGCAACUUUCUUUAUUCUUUUGAUUUUUGUAUGUACAAUUAUGUAAGAACAUGCAGGACUGAUUAACUAUGUGACAGGGAAUGUCUCUUCUUUGUUCCCCUCUUUAAUUUUUUUCUGCUUUCUAUUUCUCUUGAGUGACUGCUUGUGCUGUGUACAAUUUAGCACAAGGGGUGUGUGUAUGUGUGUGUGUCACCAAUGUUGGUCAAUGCAAUAAUGUCUUCACUUCACAUCAAAAAGUCAUGGUCAGGAGCAGGAACCCGAGCUGAGGUUUAUUCUUUUUUGCUAUCUCCUGGUGUUUCUGUUACCCUGCGGUCACUUGGGGCAGAUCCUAGAUUUCUUCGGGCUCUUGAGGUCAAUGCUUUCAGUUUCCAUCCUGGGCUAUCAGAAAAAGUAGAAGUUGCAACAUGUAUUUAGCAAGUAAAGAACAAUUGAAGUGGCUCAUUUUCCUUUUUUAAAAAUGCUCAUGAGGUCACUUUUUUUUUUUCUUUAGAGUUGCCAGGAGUAACAUUGAAUAAUAAACCUUUAAAGUGCAGUUUAUUGUGGAAUAAGAACUGGAUAUUUCUAUUUUUUCAAAGUUUGGCAAUUUGAAAAAUUAUUCAUUUUCUCAAAAUAGACCAAGCUUUGAAAAUAAGCCUCUAAUUCAGGGAUUACAUUAAAAACGCCAAGGAAUCCUGUUCCUCACUAAGUAUCCUUGUGUUUCAAGUCUGUAUAUGUGGCACCCAUGUAGCAAUUGGUAUUACUGGGAAGCUUUAUUUUACUUUUUGACUGUCAUUUUAUGAAUAAUGUAUUUUAUAACAUUCUGGUGAUCAGUUGUAUUACUUAUGCUAAUAAAUACUGUAAGCUAUGAAGCAUUACAGAAAGAUUGCUGUUUGAAA